AUGAUUAUCCCGUCUGCCUUGGUCUUUUUGCUCUCCGGCAUACAUAGCACCGGAGCUGUUAGCAUUCGGCAAACGUCGAACGGUGUCGCAACUGUCAAUCUAGCGGAGACAUAUGGUCCGGCAAAGUCUUUGGCAAGUGGCUGGAUUUACGGCUUCCCCGACAAUGGCACCGAUGCCGACUUCUCGAUCCCGGAGCAUUUCGUACGAGACGUAAAAUUCCAUAGUACUAGGGCGGGCGGUGCCCAGAUUCCUGCCAAAGGAUGGGUCACAAGCCUGGAAGACUACAUUGGUCGCUUUAAUUCUACAUUGUCCAAUUAUCGCACCACGCGCCAUUACGGUGGCGAUUUCAUCUUGUUGAUACAUGACCUCUGGGGAGCAGAUGGCGGCAGUAUCUCGACGUUCCCUGGCGACAACGGCAACUGGAGCUUGGCUGAUGUAUUCUUCCAACGACUCAAGAAUGACCUUGUUGAGAAUGAUAUGCUUGACGGCCUUGUUCUCGACCUCUGGAACGAGCCAGACAUCUCUAACUUCUGGGCCCGCUCUUGGCCUCAGAAGGAAAUGGCUGGCACACUGAUCAGUGGGCCUUCCAUGGCGGCCUCACCCAAGCCUGACAACACUAACUGGACGGCUUGGCUGGCCAAAGCUGCAGAAACCCAAACAGUUCCUGACAUUUACGCUUGGCAUCAAAUUGGGACGUGGUCCAGACAAGGUAAGAAGUUCCGGCCCGACGAGACCGUGCCGGACUUUAAAGCUAUGAAAGCUGUUCACAGCCUCCCCGAUCUACCUAUCGACGUUAAUGAGUAUGCCGACAGACCAGAACAAAACCCAGCCAACUCAGUAUACUACAUCGCCCAACACGAGCGCCAUAAUCUUCGAGCUCUGCGAGCAAACUGGGGUUCCGGAAGUGACUUGCACGACUAUCUCGCCAACUUGCUAUACAAAGACAACGGCGGAUACUACCCGAAUGGCGAGUGGCAUUUGUACAAAUAUUACGCACAGAUGGAAGGUGAUCGCAUAACCACUACUGCUUCUGCUGAUCGACGCUUCGACGUUUUCGCAGUCAAAUCUGCAUCUACGGUCAAGAUCAUCGCUGGCACUAGAACCAUAAACGCGCCAUACGAGAUCCGCAUAUCAGGAAUGCAGAGUCUUGGUCUCCCAGAACAGGGAUCCGUUUCUGCAAACGUCGUUCGUUUUGACUGGGCGGGAGAUCAAGGGCGUAUUGAGGGCCCUGUCGCGCUAGGCCAAACUUCUUUCUCAUACAGCGGGGAUACUCUCACGAUAUUGGUGGACCAACCAAACAAUGCCACUGCUUUUGCAUAUGAGUUCGAGAUCUAAAUAACGACAUCACUUGCCUGCGAUCUUUCAAGCACUACGUGUAGCCUGAUCCACAUCGGGAGAUAUGCAGGAGAAUCUCAAACAC